AUGGCAGAGAAAUACUCAGUCGAUAUUAUCCACCCCCCCUACAAAAACCAGUUCUGGGAGGUUGGCCAGCGGUCGAGACAACUCAGCCAGUGGCUCUCGAAAGCAGAUGAUCUAGAUCAGAACUCUAACGAGAGAAAGGCCAUUCUAGCGGCAGUAGAGACUGCGGCUACAGCUCUCUUCCCAUUCUUGAAGGGCUCUCCGAGACAAACCAACAGCAAAUUGCCGCCCUUGGCCCGUCUGAGGAGUUCUUUCGAGAAGGGUUCUCGGGGAAUCGUCAUUCCUGUGGGUGGAGGAGAUGAAUCCGUCCGCUACGCCAGUCACUUGGUCGUCUCGUUGAGGCAGAUUUUUGGAUGCCACCUUCCGAUCCAAAUUGUCUAUGCUGGUGAGAGCGAUCUGUCGAAGAACAACCGCGACACCAUCUCAGCGCUUGAUGGUACAAAGGACAUCGAGUUCUUAGAUGUCUUAACCAUCUUUGACGACUCGACGCUGCGCCUCGAAAAAGGGGGCUGGGCCAUCAAACCGUUUGCCGCGCUGGCGUCUCGAUUCGAACAGGUAAUUCUCCUGGAUGCUGACGUCGUAUUUCUACAAACACCAGAAACUCUCUUCGGACAGCGCCCAUAUAUCGAAAACGGUGCCUAUUUAUUCCACGAUCGACUGCUUUGGCAGCACGCCUUCCGUGACAGACACGACUGGUGGGAAGACCAAAUCAAGAAACCAUCACCGGCUAUGUCUAAGUCUCUUGUCUGGACCAAGGACUACGCAGAGGAAUGCGACUCGGGGGUCGUCGUCGUAGAUAAGGCCCGACCAGAAGUCCUCGUGGGGCUGCUCCAUAUCGCGUGGCAGAACACCUACGACGUACGUGAAGAGGUCACAUACAAGAUUACGUACGGUGAUAAGGAAUCAUGGUGGCUUGGCUUUGAACUUGCUGGAUCGGGCUACGAGUUCGAAGCCCACUAUGGAUCCAUGGUGGGGUGGGCGCCCACCAACGAGGACGGCGAUGCCGAAGACCAGGUUUGCAGCUUCGUGAUUGCGCAUCUGGACGGAGACGAAAAUUUGAUCUGGUACAAUGGCGGCUUGCUCAAGAACAAGCUCGCGGAGCCGCAGGAGUACGCGGUGCCGAAGUUUUGGAUGGUCAACGGGACCUGGGAGAAGGGCGCUACGAAGCAGGAGAUGAGCUGCAUGGUUGGUGCUGAAGUAAGGCGUCUGACGGGGGAGCAGCAGAGCAUACUGCGGCGGAGCAUAGAGGUGGCUACGAGGGUGGAUGAGGUCUUGGGCCUAGGGUGA